UCACGGUUUUCUUGGGAUGUUCACGGUCUUACAUGACCGUGAAGAAGAGCCAUUGGCCGUGAAAUUUGAGGCGUCCUGAAUUGGAGUUGGUUGUAUGUAUUUACCAAAACAACCUAAUCCUUUUUUGCUAAGGCCCGGGGAUCGACGAAGCAAAUAAUAUUUUUGUUCCAAUUUUUUCCUUUUCUUUUCACGCUGAAUCAAACUUUUCUUUUCCAUAAUCUUUAACUCCUAUUAGUAUCGCUGAUACAAGUCGGAUCCUAGAGCCAAAGUGCAAGUUACUGACGCCAAUUGUGUUCGCGGUCGCUAAGACCGUGAACAGGAGUUGUGGACCGCGAACACAAGCAAGCGAAGCGGUGCGUUUCGGCGCCCAAUUGGAGUUCACGAAUGCGUUUCAGUGUUCACGGCUGUGAACUGGAGCCGUGAACACAACAUGUUCACUGUUUAAAAGCUGAGCUGAAAGGAAGAUAGAGGGGGAGAGCCCAUUUGAGUUAGAAAGCCUUCUUCUGAUUUCUAGAGAGAGAAACACGAACCAAAGAAGAAGGAGCCUAGGGUUUUGCUCCAAGGUGGAUUUUGAAGGCGUUUGAAGGUAAGUCAUGGUUGUGCAAAAAAGUACUUGGCGCUGUUAUUGGGCUUAAAUAAUUUUGUUUUCUUAAAUAUAGUAAGAUUCGUUAGAACAUUCCAACAAAAAUGGCAUUAUCUAAAACUACCUUAAAAUACAAAAAAUUCUAAGAUUUUCUCCAAGGAAAGUUCAACACAAGGGCUAAGAAGAUUGGAAGCCUCCUCCAAAAUGGUUUCUACCCCUUCUCCUUGUGUUUCUCCCAUUUCUAGCAUGGAGUAGAAUUCUUUUCACUUGGGAGUUGUGAAACCCUAACUCUACCAUGUAGUUUUAUUUUAUGUGAAUUGAAUGAUUGUCAUUGGGUAUUGUUUAAUUCAAAUGUUUGAGGUAUUAUUCAUCUUGAUUGUGCAUGUUUGUGCUUAGCAUCCUUAGGUUUGUGCAUGUCUAUGCUUAGCAAUCUAAUUAGCCACUUAACCUAGUCUAGAGAGGGAAACCCCCCUUCCAAGGGAGUCUCAAUUGAGUUGGUAUCCCUAGGGCUUUUCAAGUCUUCUAACUAGGUUAAUUUAGGGCAAACCUCAAUAUUGGAGUAAGCACUUUGGUUAAGCGCGAUUAAUCCGUCCAACCCUUGGGUUGAGUGAGGGAGUAAGUCAACCAUUAAUUGCCCAAACCAAGAGGGCCUAGUGACAUCCUAUAAUGCAUGCCUCGGUUUAGCUUAGCGUGGUCUACGACCAUAUUUGAGUCCCCUAGCGGUCAGCGAUCACCUUGCCCAUAGCAAUACUUUCGAUUCACAUACCAUGGUAGUAGUUAGGGGGAAGCGACACCCGAGUGAUCCUUCCACAAAAGAGCUUUCAAAACCAUUCACCUUUGUCCUGUUUUACUUUAAUUAGCAAACUUUUCAACCAAAACCUUAUUGCUAGAUAAUAAUUCAAAUGACUAAAGUAGGAGUAGACGGACUGGCCCGGGUUGAUAUUUAAAUAUACUUAUCCUGUACUGCACCCGACUAAGGUUUAUACUUGGACCUUAGGCGGGAAAUUAUUGUAGUAUUUAGAACGAGUAAAUGACAAAAUGAGCCAUCAAGCGCGCUACAUGGUUAUUCAUCCCGGGACAGUGCUGUCAAUAGCCAUUUCCCAUGGCCUGCAGAUAUUGGCAGAUGCUUCGGCAUAUCACACCAAUCUCGGAUUGCACCGAUCUCACUUCAUCCAACUUUUGCAUAAGCGUUCGGCAAUCCGACUCUAACACUGGGUCCGCAAUUCCUAGCUGGUGGCCACUGGCCAGUCUGAAGCCCGAACUCUGCUGGAAAGACCUUUGCCAUCUCAUGUUCCCAAUCCUUCGUGAUCUUCUUUGUUGCCGCAAAGAUACAUUUGCCAUUCUCAUCUCUAGCUACCACUCCAAGAUCGGCAGCGCCUCCCUCCAGAAUACCAGCAUCUGUAUUGAUUUUUAUCUGUCCUGUACGUGGUUGGUUUCGUCCAACCCCACCGAGUCUCUCGCGCUUCCUCCUCUACCCUUAUCCUCUGUUGUUGCUGGUAGUCGAGCAAGAAAGAGUUUGCUUUGCCGACUAUUUCUCCCUCUGGGAGCUUCUUCCCAUUGAACAUAGAUGUGUUCCUCUCCUUCCACAGGAACCAAAGGAGGGCUGCUCACGCUUCUAUUGAAGCUUCAUCCACUGAUUCAUAUAUCAUCUUUACCUAGGCAUAUCAAUCACCCUGCCCACGUAGAAGAAGAAAUGUGAAAGGGUCGAAGCUCUCCACUGGCGAGUUGUCCAUUCACAUUCUUCAAAGUAGUAAAUCUGCGUCUCUCGGUUGUCACAAAAGGCACAUUUGUCACUCUACUUCCUGCUCUUAGCACUAAUAUGGUCACUCAUCGGAUGACUGGUAAGGAUGACUAAAACCAUAAUUGAUCAUCCUAUAGGGUUCUCAUGAUCAGUUUAACAGAUUGUCUCGAACAAAAUCUACAUUAAUAAUAACUAUAAUGAAAAAGUAUUAUAAUUAUUGUUAUGUAUUAUAAAACAAUUAAAAAAUAAGAAAGCCAUAGUCCCUCCCCUCCCUCCUUCUCUUGCACCCCAAUUUGGAGGUAAGUCAAAAUAGUAAAUUUGGUCCUCCGUAAUGUUAUAAAAAAAACUAGGUUUGUUUUAAUGGUGGAUUAUGCGGCUACUUUCCAACAUGUAAGGGUCUUGUCAAGGGGAUCCGCUUUCACCAUACUUGUUUACUAUUGCUAUGGAGUUGUUAUCAUGUCUUAUGAGUCAAGCAGUAUUUACAAAUCAAAUCCACAUCUUCCUAGGAGUAAGGCUUUAGAGAUAUCUCAUUUAUGUUUUCCGGAUGAUCUCUUAGUUAUCACUAAUGAAUAUGUUAGCGCAGUGACUGGGUUAAAGACUUCUGGUAAGAUUUAUGAAGAUUUGGGUCUUAAGUGUAACAUAGAAAAAUGUCACUAUUCUGUGUUGGGAUUCCAGAGGAUGAAAUGUUGAUGAUAUCCGGAGUAAUAGGGACCCCUAUGGGUGGGUUGUUGAUAACACUGAAUUUGCACAUGUUUUACCCCCUCAUUUCUUGAUUGUUUAGCUUGGUGUUCAUAAUAAUUGGGUCUAUAUUACGCUAGGUUGUGUUCCUUUGUCACAUUUCAGGUCCUAGCACGUAAAGUGAAGCAUAGGCGCAAGUUUCAAGUCAAUCGGAGAUCAAUUGGAGACUCGGGGGAAGAAACUCGGGAAUGCCCCGAGAAAUAAUGGAUUUCUAUCUCAUUUAAUGGACAAAUAAUUAUAUAAUCUAGGCAUUCAAAUAAAGAGGAUGAGUCUACGAGCUUCUGGGAUCAAACGGCGACUGAUUCGGAUUUCGGAUGAGGGAGAAAGGACCAGAAAGACAAUAGCCUAUUUAAAGAUACACUUUCUACUUGGCGUAGCUUGUUACAUGGGUCGUACAUCCUGGCCUUCAAAGUUACUACCUAGACCAUAACUUUGGCAUUUUGGGCGUAACUCGGGGUCAUUGGAGGCAGAAUACAUUCGAGAAGUUAUGGCCUGAACCCCAAAGGUUACGACCGUAACUUGAGGCCGUAACUUGGCUUCUGUGAGCGGUAUAAAUUCGUUUUUGCGGAUUCUGAAGGAGGAGAGCUGGGUUUUGGAUCCCAAACACCCAAGGGACGAACCCUAGAGAGAGAGAGCACCUUGCGAAUAUUCUUGGAGCUAUUUUGGAGGAUUUCUUCACCAUUGGAGAUCUGGAAACAAGCUUGGAGAUGGGGAUUGAAGAUCUAGAUCAGAUUUCUGCAUUCUCUCUCUUCUCUAUGGAGUACUUUCCUUCACUUAGGUUUUGAGGAACCCUAGAUUUGUAUGCUAGGAAGAGUUGUAUGAACUUAAAUUCAUGAUUGAUUGACGUUUUAUAUUCAGUUGAGGCAUUAAUUUAGAAUUACUUGAGUCCCGAUCAAACUUUUAAGAAUCCCGCUUUAACCUAGAACGAUAGUCUCUACAUAGGUUAAUAGAGCAACCUCAAUUGG